AGCCUGUCGCCACGUGCGCAGCAAAACCCCCCCUACUUCAAAAUUUGAAAUUUGAGCAUCAGAUCUCGAUCGCUCUCACUCCCUCCUACUCCACUCAAGCACUCUCCCGAAAAAAGAAAAAAAAAAAAAAUCCGAAGCUCAUCGCGUCAAUCAUCAAACCCUACCCUUUCCCCUUAAAAUAUUCAAAACAAUGUCAAAAUCUUAGGUUAAUUACUCAAUCUGGGGUUUCUCUAUCUCAAUAUCCACCAUGUCCUCAUCAAGAAGAUCAAGCUCCAGGCCUAAACCCUUGGAAUCUAACGAGAAUGAGCUCCGAAACCCUGGUGACCCAAUCCCGUUCCCAACACCCAGAUCCCCUCUCAGCUCCAUCCAUGAUCCUUCCCAGAUCUCAGCCAAUGGUUUACAGAUCGAUCCUUUUUCUGUCAAGGGAGCUGGAUUGACUCCCAAAUCGGUUCAAAUUGCAGCGGCGAGGUGUGGUUCAAGGGUUUUGGGGAGCACGAAAGAGAGGGGGUGCUUAUCUAGGGUUUUGAAAGGGGCUCAGGAUGGCAAGUGUUUGGAUGUAGCUGAGGUUCUUAGUUUGGAGCUGAAUGAGGAUCCGGUGUUCUGGAAGGAUCACAAUGUGCAGGUUUUGAUAAGGAUACGUCCAAUAAGUAACAUGGAGAGUGCUAUGCAAGGGCACAAGAGAUGCUUGAUUCAGGAGAACUCACAAACCUUGACAUGGACAGGGCAUCCGGAAACAAGGUUUACUUUUGAUCAUGUUGCUUCUGAGACGAUUUCCCAGGAGAAACUGUUCAGAGCUGUUGGUUUGCCAAUGGUGGACAAUUGCAUGUCAGGAUAUAAUAGUUGUAUGUUUGCAUAUGGUCAGACCGGUAGUGGAAAGACAUACACCAUGAUGGGAGAGAUUCAAGAGAUAGAUAAUCACCUUAGUGAUGAUCGUGGGAUGACUCCCCGUAUAUUUGAAUUUCUUUUUACAAGAAUAAGAGAGGAAGAGGAGCGGCAAAGGGAGGAGCAACUCAAAUACAGUUGCAAGUGUUCAUUUCUCGAGAUUUAUAAUGAGCAGAUUACAGAUCUCCUCGAGCCAUCAUCAACUAAUUUACAGCUGAGAGAAGACAUCAAAAAAGGUAUCUGUGUUGAAAACUUAAAGGAAUGUGAAGUUUCAUCCAUGAAGGAUGUUAUGGAGCUUCUAUUACAGGGAGCUGCAAAUAGAAAGAUGGCAGCUACUCACAUGAACAGUGAAAGCAGUCGUUCCCACAGUGUCUUUACCUGUACUAUUGAAAGUCGAUGGGAGAGAGAUUCCAUGACGCACUUUCGAUUUGGAAGGUUGAAUUUAGUGGAUCUUGCUGGUUCAGAGAGGCAGAAAAGUUCUGGUGCAGAAGGUGAGAGACUAAAAGAAGCGGCCAACAUCAACAGAUCCUUGUCAACUCUUGGUUUGGUAAUCAUGACACUAGUGGAUAUAACCAAUGGAAAAAACCGCCAUGUUCCAUACAGAGAUUCCCGGCUCACCUUUCUCCUUCAGGAUUCUCUAGGUGGAAAUUCUAAGACGACAAUUAUAGCAAAUGUUAGCCCAUCUAUAUGCUCCACAAGUGAAACAUUAAGCACAUUGAAGUUCGCUCAGCGUGCCAAACUGAUCCAGAAUAAUGCGAAAGUGAAUGAAGAUGCUUCAGGUGACAUAAUGUCGUUGCAGCGUCAGAUACAGAAGUUAAAGGAUCAGCUGACAAUUCUGACUAGUCAUCAGAAUGUUCCAAGGUCUUUGUAUUGUCCCUCCACAAGUCACGAGCAAAUGAUCUCUGGUGAUCUAUGUGAUGAUUCCUUCAGUUUACUAGGAGGCAGUCCGGUUGCUUAUAGUGAUCCAUGUUUCUUAAACAGAGAGAUUAAACAACUGGAAGCUUCUCUAAUCGGUGCCCUUAGGAGAGAAGGAAUGGCAGAAGCUGCAGUCAAGAAACUAGAAGCUGAAAUUAAGCACAUGAGCCGCUUGGUUCAUCAGAGAGAAGAUGAUGCUCAGCGUUCUAGAACACUCCUCAAAUUCCGUGAGGAAAAACUCCAAAGGUUGGAACUACUUGCAGAUGACCUGGUGACUUCAGAUGGGUAUCUUAUGGAGGAAAAUUUUGCACUUACCCAGGAGAUUCAGAUACUAAGAGAAAGAAUCGAUAGGAAUCCUGAAUUGACACAAUUUGCAUUGGAAAAUAUGAGACUGCUUGAGCAGCUUAGGAUGUACCAGAAAUUUUAUCAGCAGGGUGAACGUGAUACAUUGUUAGCUGAGGUCUCAUAUUUGCGGAAUCAGCUCGUGAAAGUUCUAGAGGGGAACUCAUCACUGGUAAAUAGGGCUGAAGCACAGGCUGAUGGUGAUAAAAUGAAAGAGUUAGACGAAUGCAGGAAGCAAUUGGAUGCUUGUCUAGCAAAUAAUGCUGAACUUACUAGGGAAGUUGAUGAUCUGCGCCACCAACUCAAGCAUUAUUCUGACUGUGGACAAAGCGCAGUUCUUCUGGUAGAGCCAAUGGCGGUUGAAGGGAAUUCAGGAGAUAGAAAUGCAUUUUCUGAGCAUGGUACUGUUCCACAGAUGGAUAGUAGCCAGCGGAUAGGAGAUGCUACAUUGCAGUUUGUCGAAGUUCAACAGGAGUUGAGGAACGCUAAGAGCAUAAUUGAAGAAAUGGAAUCACAACAAACCCGCUUACUUGCAGAACUAGAUCACAUUAAGCAAGAGAACAAGAGAUAUUUGGAACUCUCAAGAAGCACAAACAUGCAAACACACUAUACAGAACAGCUAGAAAAUUAUGGUCGACUAUCAGCAGGAUCGAACGGUGCAGCCAAAGUAAAUCUUGAUGGAAGACAGAUGAUUGAGCGUGGAGGCAGUACACAAUUAAGUUUUCAUGCAACCCUGAAAAGAAUGCUUAAAGAACUUGACCAGGCUAAACUCUUGAAUAAGCAGCUCUCAGAUGAUCAUGCAUCACAAUCAGCAUAUCAUCAGGAGAUGGAAGAUGCUCAGGAGCAGGUUGAGGCAGAGACUGCUAAAACAGUUCUUUAUUUACAAGAAGAACUUGACACACUUAAGAAAGAAUUUGAUUCAAAAAAUGCAUACCACUUAUCACUAACAGAGUAUUCUACGUUUUUGACAACCAGAAAUGAAGAAAUUAACAGCAGAUUGUCCUCUCUGAUCCAAGAAAAUAUUGAACUGUCAAAUCUUGUUUCUUUGAGAGAUGCUGAAAUUAGUGCACUGUCUUAUGAGUGGGAGAAGGCAAUAAUUGAUCUGACAACAUUUCUUGUUGAUGGCUGCAGAUCACUAGAUGAUGCAUCCGAGUGCAUUGAAAAUGUUGUUGAAUCAUUUCCCUUGAAAAGCACAUGUAUUAAUGAACAUGUGGAGAGGGCUAUAAAGGUCUUUAUUGAGAAAGAAACUUUAAUUCUAGAUCUUCAAAGAGGACUGGAAGAUGCACAAAAGAAGGGGCUAGAGGUGAAGUCAAAGUUAAACUCCUUGAGGGGAGCAACACUAGCUAUAACUGAAGUUCAGCAGUUGGAGAAUGAUGAGAACACUAAGGAGCUAGCUCAUUUACAGAAAAUGUUGAAUGAAAAAUCAUGGACAAUACAAGAAUUAAAAAACACUCUGAAGCAAAAGGAGGAUCAUAUUAUAAAAACAAGGAAGGUUGCCAUGUCAGCAAUUGCAGCAAUUAAGAAGUUGAACGAUAUGCAUUCUGCAGACUCUUUGAAUAUUGGGGAAAUUGAAUGGAUAAUCCAUGAACUUGUAAAUGAAAAUCCUCAGGUGAUGGACACGCAGAUGAUCAUGAAUGAUGCUCCAGAAAGAUCUGAAGUUGGGCACUUUUUUAUGGAUGACCAGAUCAAACAGCUGAAAGAUCAGAUUACUGCAUUAGAAAUGUGUCGGACUCCGAGAAGCUUGGAGGAAAGGAUGUCGGCGUCUGACGUAGACUGCUCACAGACAAGCGAGAUACUACAUCUUGAAUUCAACCAUGCAAUGCAAGUGGUGGAUGAGAGAACACAACAUGCAAAUGAUUUGUUUGUAAAGUUUGAGAAAGUUCAAGAAACUAUGUUGGAGGCCGAACUUGUACUCCAGGCCUUGCUAAAAGCAAAUGAAAGUGCAAAACAGGAGAAGGAUUUGUGGAAGGAAGUGAGUGCAGGAUUGAUGACGGAUAAAACUGCAUUACUUGAAGAAGUCCGAAGACUUGAAACCUCCAAUUAUUCUAAAGAAAAACAGUAUGAAAACCUACAAGUUCAGAUUCAUGCAAGUGUAACCGAAACAUUAGACAUAAUAUCCUCUCUUGGAGGAUCUUUUCAGAAAAUACAGAGGAUCACUACGGAAGAACUGAAUGAUAUCUGCUCUGGUAUAUUUUCCUUUCUCCAGGAAUUCCUAAAAAUAAUUGGGAAUUCGAGAUUAUGUCUUGAAGACAUCAUUUCAGAGGUAAUGGAAAAAGGUUUUGAAUUGUUUGUCCUGUAUCAAUGUCAUAUUGGAGCCUUAUUUGAGCAAAUUAUGCAUUCAGAUAACUAUUCAGAUUUGUUCCAGCACAAACACCACAACUCUUGUUUGGUGACCAAGAGCAACAAUGUCUUAGAUGGAAACAUUAUAUCAGAUAGGUCGAAGGAUCAGCAGCAACUAAGUGAAUCUCGAACUUUUGGUUUCUCUAGCUUGGGAGAAGAGAGGGAGGUUCUGAAUGCAUCACAGCUUUCUCAGUACCCCGUUGAUGUUCCUGAUUUUGGUGCAAGAAUUAGCAACUACUUAAGGAAUGACCUUCCAUCAGAUCAAAAUUGUUCGGAUAACAUUUUGCAACUAGAGGGAGAGAUUGAUCAGGGUGAUCAAGAAUCAAAUAACCUAUCACUGAAAAAAGAAUUGAAGCGGAAAGAUGAGCUUAUAAAAGGUCUCCUGUUUGAUCUUAGGUUGUUGCAGGAGUCAAGCUCCAACAUUAAGAGUAUGAAAGAUGAACUCGAAGAGAUCACAGUUGAUUAUAAAAAGGUUUGCUUAGAACUUGCAACCAAAACUGCUCAAAUAGAUAAAAUCCUAGCGGAGAAGCAAGUGCUAGAAGCUUGUCUUGUUGGAAAUGAAUCUGAAUUGUUCAGUUCAAGAUCAGAAUUGAAGCAGAUGGGAGAGGAAAACACUAAACUAAAACUCCUGCUGGAAGAUGCAUGCUUUAAGAAGUCCCAAACUGAGGAGCUGUUGGAAGAAAAAAUGAAGGUCAUUGAAGGCUUACAAUCAGAAAUUCUCUCUUUUAACUCUUCCAUUGAUGGAUGCUUUGUCUCUUCGGCUGAUGAACUCAUGAAUAAAUUGGAAACGGUUAGUAAUCAGAGGGAUCAUCUCCAAAAAGAGAUUGUCUACUUAACUGACAGGCUUGAGAUGGUAAGCGCUUUAGCUGAUGAAAAUGAAGCUAUUGCUGUUGAAGCUCGUCAGGUUGCAGAGGCAAGCAAAAUCUAUGCAGAGGAUAAGGAAGAAGAGGUUAAGGUUCUUGAACGUUCUGUUGAGGAGCUUGAGGAUACCAUAGACAUAUUGGAAAAGAAGGUGUAUGACAUGAAAGAGGAGGUAGAGAGGCACCAGUCUGUAAGAAACUCUUUAGAACUAGAAGUUCAAGUUCUUGCAGCGCGGAUGUUAACAGUAGAAAAUGCUGAGGAAAAUUUGAUUGUGGAAUAUUCAAAUAUUGAAGGAGAAAGUGGCCAAAUACCAAGGCGACUAGAUGACAGAAUAAUUGAACUUUGCGAAGCAAGACAGCGUAUAGAAGACCUAGAAAUGGAGAAAUCAUAUAUAGCAGAAGAGAUCAAGCAAUACCGAGAGCAUAUAUCAGAGCUGGCGCUUCACUCUGAAGCUCAAUCAUCAUUAUACCUCGAAAAGUUUAAAGCAUUGGAAGCUAUGGUCACCGAAGUGAGACCUGAUCGAGCAAAGUCCAAUCCUUUUGUUCACAUCAGUGACAAAACAGAGAGAACAUCAGGACGGACGAGAGGUUCUGGGUCUCCAUUCAGAUGCAUAUCAAGUUUGGUUCAACAGAUGAACUUAGAGAAAGAUCAGGAGCUAUCUGUGGCAAGACAUCGGAUAGAAAAUUUGGAAGCAUUGAAUGCAAAUAAGCAGAAAGAGGUUUGCGUGCUGACUGCAAAACUAGCAGCUGCAGAGAGCAUGACACAUGAUGUUCUCAGAGAUCUAUUGGGUCUCAAAUUGGAUAUGACCAACUACGCUAACUUAAUUGACCAAGAAGAAGUGCAAACCUUAUUACGAAAGGCUCAGCAACAAUCUGAAGAGUCCAUUGCCAAGGAAAAGGAAAUUCUGAAUCUCAAGAAACAUAUCGAACUUCUUAUGGAGGAAAGGGAAAGUUGGAUUGAAGAGAUAAAUCAAAGGAAAGCAGAUAUAUUUGCAAGCCAAGUCAUGGUGGAACGACUUCAACAAAGAGAGCAAUUGCUCACAGCACAAAACGAGAUGUCGAAGGUGGAUAAAGCCAAUUUGAAUCAAAAGAUUGCAGAACUGGAUAAGAAACUGAAAUUUUUGACUAGAUCGCAGAACAUCAAUACCUAUGUAGAGCAACCUGUAAAGAAUAAGGGAAAUAGUUCUUCAAGAGCCGGUAGUGAAGAGCUCAGCAGAAGACUUUCUCAGUCUGACAUGCUUCUUUCUCAUAUGCGAACAUCUAUGAGGAACAAGAGUACCCAGUAAAGACUCAGGGAAAAUUCACGGAUACAGCAUUAAUAGAUUCAUUCAUAAAUUUCAGCAAUGUUAUUCUGACCUCUCAGACUUCCUACGCAUGUUUCAAAGAAACCCUGUCACAAAGGUAAAACGGGUUGCAAAGGAAAACUAGUCUUUGUUGUGGUAUCACAUGUUCAAAUAUGUAGUCAAAAUAAUUUGAAGAUUGGUAUUAUAUUGGGGUACAUUCUAAGUUCAAGUUUCACACGGCCUUUUGUUCGUUGGAUUUCUUUGGUCUAGUCCAAAAUUGUCUAUCUUUUUCUGUUUUCUUUUGAUUUCCCUUUUGUCUUUCAUGUUGGCUAUUGACUAAGUUGGUCUGGGUAAACUUGUGCUGUUUAUUAGAAU